CAGCGCACAGCGAAAACAAAGAUGGCGGCCUCGCCGGGAUCGGCGGCAGCGGCUGCUGCGGGGCGACGCGCGGGUCGGACCCUCUGAGGCCGCGGCGCAGGGAGCGGGGCUACGGGGUCGCGGCGGCGGCGGCGAGAGGACAGCAGGAGCGCGCGGCGUGCUUGACUUCUAGCCGCGGGAGCGUGCCGGCACCCGCCGCCGGGCCGGCCGGCCGCGAUGUCCGGCGCGGAGGAGGCCGGCGGGGGCGGCCCGGCCGCGGGGCCAGCCGGUGCAUUGCCGGCCGGGGUCGGGGUCGGAGCUGGGUCCGGGGCGGCAGCGGGGCCGGCGGCGGCUUUGGGCGAGGCGGCGGGGCCUGGGCUCCCGGACGAAGCAGGCCUGGCCGGCGCCCGGCAGCUGCAGCUGCAGGAGGCGGCGGGCGACCCUGACGCACCGCCCAAGAAGCGGCUGCGGGCGGCCGAGGCGGCCGAGGCGGCGGCGGCGGCGGCCGGCAGCGGGAAGCUGGAGGAGCGGCUCUACUCGGUGCUGUGCUGCACCGUGUGCCUGGACCUGCCCAAGGCCUCCGUGUACCAGUGUACUAACGGUCACUUGAUGUGCGCUGGCUGUUUUAUCCACCUACUAGCAGAUGCCCGGCUGAAGGAGGAGCAGGCCACGUGCCCCAACUGUCGUUGUGAGAUCAGUAAGAGCCUCUGCUGCCGGAACCUGGCCGUGGAGAAAGCCGUGAGUGAGCUGCCCUCAGAGUGUGGCUUCUGCCUGCGCCAGUUUCCCCGCUCCCUCCUGGAGAGGCACCAGAAGGAGGAAUGCCAGGACAGGGUGACCCAGUGCAAAUACAAGCGCAUUGGCUGUCCAUGGCACGGCCCCUUCCAUGAGUUGACAGUACAUGAGGCUGCGUGUGCCCACCCCACCAAGACUGGCAAUGAGCUGAUGGAGAUCCUGGACGAGAUGGACCAGAGCCACCGCAAGGAGAUGCAGCUCUACAACAGCAUCUUCAGCCUGCUCAGCUUUGAGAAGAUCGGCUACACAGAGGUCCAGUUCCGGCCGUACCGCACGGACGACUUCAUCACGCGCCUGUACUAUGAGACACCAAGGUUCACGGUGCUGAACCAGACGUGGGUCCUGAAGGCUCGUGUGAACGACUCAGAGCGCAACCCCAACCUGUCGUGCAAGCGCACACUCUCCUUCCAGCUUCUCCUCAAGAGCAAGGUCACAGCGCCCCUGGAGUGCUCUUUCCUGCUGCUCAAGGGCCCCUACGACGACGUGAGGAUCAGUCCCGUGAUCUACCACUUUGUCUUCACCAACGAGAGCAACGAGACGGACUACGUGCCUCUGCCCAUCAUCGACUCCGUGGAGUGCAACAAGCUGCUGGCUGCUAAGAAUAUCAACCUGCGGCUCUUCCUAUUCCAGAUACAGAAGUAGGGUGGGGCCCUAGGACGCCCAAGAAGCAGACGGGCCACCCUAGCUCAGCAGCACUUCACACGACUAUCUGAUCAUUUCAGCAGAGGAGAACGGACAAACCAAACACACUGGGAAAGUCUGCAUGCGUGUGUGACGGGGUCCCCGCCUCCGGCUCACCUUCUCUACCCCUGCCUUCCCUCCUCCUGAGGGCAGCCAGAGGCUGGGCUGAUCCCCAGAGGAGACAGAGCACUGGGCACCCUGAGGUUCAGAGACGAUGGCGGUGAGGAGGGCAAGCAGCGCAGCAACCCCUGCCCCCAGCUCUCUUAUGCACAGCUAGGCAGUGCUGCCUGCUCUGGUUCUGUGCUCGGUUCCCGGCCGGGCUCUGGGGGCCUCGCUAACUUCAGACAGCAUAUUUGAUUGCAAUUAAAGAGGCAGCCUUGUUUCCUACUUUCUGUUUUGUUGGAGGGGAAGGCGUGGCUGUGAAUGGACAGCGUGGGAGCUUUGGUUUGGCCGGGGGUCAGAGCCCGCCCUGUCCCUGUCAUUGCACCUACAUGCAUCCCCCCGGGAGAGACUCAGAGACACUGCCUCCCAAACACUGUCACGGGGUCUCAGGACUGCAGCACAGGCAGAGAGAGCCAGGCAGGGUCGGGGCUCUCCUGGCCAACUGGCCACUCCCGGGGAGGCAGAACUUGGCCACCAGAGCUCAGCAGACGUUUUCGGAAUGCAGGGUGAAAUUCUUUCUCUUCCCAGGAAAAAAAAUUAAACUCUUUACAGGCUCUUCUAUAAGUUAUGCAAUUUUAGCGAGAAAGAAUCUAUUUACUAUAUUCAGCCUUGAGGACCCAGUGUCCCUAGGCUGUGAAAAAAGCUCUGGGGGCCAUGGCUAUGAGUCUGGCUGGGUGAGAUUCCAAGUGGGUGGCUCCCUUCACUGCUUUUGGGGACUGGCUGCAGUGUCUGGAAGCUGGGCAGUUUGACUCCCUGCCUGGAGAGGUGAGCCCUUCCCACCUCACUGGCUGCCCUCUGACACCCCUGCAGGGCUGAGUAGGGCCAGGGCUUGAGCCUCUGUGGGAAGAAGCCCCACCUGCAGAAGCUGGGUCCUGUCCUUUCUUCCCCAGGGGCCCUCAGAGCUACUGGGAAGGGUACAGCUUGACCCCCCACUACCUUUGCUUAGGAGAUGUGGCUCUUCUGUGAUAGCUUUUUGUUGCUUCAAUACCAAAGAAUUGGUUCCUCUGCCCCAGCGCUGACAACAUGCCUCAGAGCAGCUCCACCCUGCCCCGGCAGCCCGCCUGGGCCUGGCCCCCAUCACCCUGUGCUGCCUGCCCUGCCAUACGGGUGCAGAGCCUCAGGCCUGGCCCUUGCAGAUGGUGGUGGGCUGAGUAGCAGAAAGAAGGUGCUGCCAGGGAGUGCCCAUCCACAUGACCGAGCAUGGCUGGGGCCCGGGGCCCGGUGUGGCCCUCUCAAUCAGUUCUCCCCUCCAGAACAGCCAUUCUGCCCCCUCACAGGCCUAGCAUUUCUGGGAGCUCUGAGAAUCCUGCUUGGGUUCCCAUUCCCAGCCUGGGGCAUUGGACUCUCAGGAGUGUCUCGCAGCCGGAGCCUUUUCUCCUGCAAAGCUAAUGUGGCCUGGCCACGGAGGGCAUGGGAAGGCCCCAGGUUUGGUUUUCUGCCUUCUACAAAGAAAGAUCCCACCGCAGCUCCCAGCACAUCCUUGGGAGCAGCUGCCUCUGACUCAGAUACAACCAGGGUAAAUCCUGCUGCCCUCAGGGGUUGCCCCCUUGCCUGGCCUGGCAGGCACAGAAGGCUGGGAGGGCGUGGGCUGUGGUGCUGCAUCUCAGCACCAUGGGAGGUCAGACACUCUUUCGGGUAGUGUUCCUGGGUUCCAGGGUGGUGGUGUGGGGGGUGCCGGAGGGGGUAGGCUUGCUCCAUCAACCUGUAUUUGUGUGUGUGUGAGAGAUUGAUUCAGCUGAGGGCAAGCCCUGGGAAUUCCUGGCGGAAGAGCAGGGUGGGAGGCUUGUUCCCCAUGGGCACAGCCAGGCUGGGAUGCCAGCCCUGGGGGGGCACUGUACUCCUCUAGGGGCCAGGGGCAGCAGAUCUCUGUGUGCAGGUGAAUGUAUGUAUGGCAGGCUGGGGGCCACAGGACAAGGAGACCCAGGUCUGGCUGAGCUCCUGCAGCCCUGCUGCCUCAGUCCUGGGGUAGGCAACCCUGUGUGUGGGGUGGGGAAGAGGAGGCAGCCCAAGGCAUACACAGGGCCUAAGCAAGGCCCUCCCUAGGGGUGUGGUGUGUGUCUGGGGACAUCCCCGAGGACUACUGAUACAUCCCAGCUUCCCUGCAACCAUCACACACAGCAGCUGAGCCCUGCAAGCUGGGGGAACCAGGCACCUGGGGAGACUAGUGUGUCUGCAGCUGCUGACACACUAGCCAUAGUGCACAGACCUUGUGGCAUUGUCACUGUGGGCCAUAUGUUACUGGGGGUACCACAACAGUGGUUGGUCUCCAGGAUCCUGUGUCAUCUCGGUGUCCCAACCUGGUCCUUUGUUUGCCGUCUCUGAGGAUGAGGGGUGGGAGUCCAGCCUCAGCAAAUGUAGGGGAGGCCUGGGGGUAUAUAGCUCAAGCCGGGCCCUACCCUUCUUUCCCAUCUCACCCUCAGCCCCUGUGAGUACCACAUCCCUCAGUUGCCCAAAGUGAGACAUUUACAAAAAUAAUAAAAAUAAUUUUUAAAGA